AUGUCUGCUCAAGAAUUAGGUAAGAAGGUCGAUGAAACCAACGAACAAGUCGCCGCCAAGGUCGAAGAAUCCAAGGAACAAUUGGUCGACAAGGUCGACGAAGUAAAGCAAGGUUCUGAGGAAGCUGCUGACAACGCCAAGGCUCAAGUUGAAGAAGCCAAGGAAAACGCUGCUGAAGCUGUCGAAGAAGCUAAGGAAAAGACCGCUGAAGCUGUCGAAGACGCCAAGGCUAAGACCGAGGAAGCUAAGGACAAGGCCGCCAAGAAGGUCGAAGAAGUUAAGAAGGACUCCAAGAAGGACUCCAAGAAGUCUGAAAAGGAAAACAAGAACUUCUUCUCCAAGUUCACCAAGAAGAUCUCUUCUUUCUUCAACUAA